CAUUUUGUCAAUCCGGCAUUAAUCCUCUCCUCUCCUCUCCUCAACGCCUCCUCUCUCUCUCUCUCGACCAUUUUCUCUCGCCUUUAGAUCGUCGCCUCUCCCGCCUCCGUCUCCGCUGCGCUUCCACGACUAGCGAGAUUUGUUUUUCUCGAUCCCGUUCUCUCGCCGUCGACGUCUGCGAGAUCAUCUACUAACUCGCUUUCAUUUCAAGUUCGUCCGCUUCACCGGCAAUCAGGUCUUUGAGUCCUUCGAUCCCUGGCCUAGGUCUCCCGCUCCUUCCUUGUCCACUUUGAGAUCCAUGCCGCCGCCAUCAGGAACCUCGAGGAUCGCCAUCCCGCCAUACUCUUUCCCCGCUUUGGUGAAGCGCUCGCCUACUUCAUGGAUCGUAGUCUUCUUGGGCAUGGAUGUUUAGCGUGCCCUAUUAAUCCGUUCCUUCAGGAGGCACGAUGUUUGAAGCUCACGUUUUGUAUCUACUUCGGAAAUAUUUGGGAGAGUACGUCGAGGGACUUUCUGUCGAUGCUCUAAGAAUAAGUGUUUGGAAAGGUGAUGUUGUGCUUAAGGAUUUGAAUCUGAAAGCUGAAGCAUUGAAUUCUUUGAGGUUACCUGUCAUUGUCAAAGCUGGUUUUGUUGGAUCAAUAACAUUAAAGGUUCCGUGGAAAGGCCUUGGAAAAGAACCUGUAAUUGUUAUUAUUGAUCGUGUUUUUGUUCUGGCUCAUCCUGCUCCUGAUAGGCAAACACUUAGCGAUGAAGAUAGAGAAAAACUUUUUCAAGCUAAGCUGCAGCAAAUUGAGGAGGCAGAGUUGACAACCCUUGAAGCAACAAGGAGAUCACGAGCAGGAAGUGCAACUGGUGGAAACUCAUGGUUGGGCUCUCUUAUUUCCACUAUAAUUGGUAACCUUAAAGUUAGUAUUAGCAAUGUCCAUAUCAGAUAUGAAGACACUAUCAGCAAUCCAGGACAUCCAUUUUGUACUGGAUUUACUUUAUCAAAGCUUGCUGCUGUUACAAUGGAUGAAGAGGGUAAUGAAACAUUUGAUACCAGUGGUGCUCUUGAUAAGCUGCGGAAGUCAUUGCAUCUUGAGAGGCUUGCUCUAUAUCAUGAUUCUGACAGCACUCCUUGGAAGCUCAAUCAGAAAUGGGAGGAUUUGACCCCUAAAGAAUGGACUGAGAUAUUUCAAGAGGGGAUCAAUGAACAUUCUCCAAAUGGAGCAACAACUCAGACAUUCAGUCGGAGGUACUUGUUAUCACCUAUUAAUGGAGUUCUUAAAUAUCAUCGUCUUGGAAAGCAAGAAAGGCAUGACCCUGACAUACCUUUUGAGAAAGCUUCGCUCGUUCUUAGUGAUGUUUCUGUUUCUGUUUCUGAGUCUCAAUAUUAUGAUGGGAUAAAGCUCCUAGAAACCUUUUCCAGAUAUAAAACACGUGUUGAUAUAUCACACUUGAGGCCUGUAGUAUCAAUCUCACAAGAUCCUCUGGCUUGGUGGCGGUUUGCUAUGCUAGCUGUCUUGCAGCAAAGGAAACUGUGCUAUUGGUUCUCAUGGGAUAAAAUAAGGCAUCAUUGCCAGCUCCGGAGACGCUAUGUCCAACUGUAUGUAAAUAUUUUGCAACAGUCAUCCAAUGUGGAUAUUCUUGAAGUUCGGCAGAUUGAGAGAAUCCUUGAUUCCAAAGUGAUAUUACUGUGGAGGUUGCUAGCACAUGCUAAAUUUGGAUAUGCCAAGUCAAAAGAAGCAUCAGAACAGCGGGAAAAUUUGAAGAAAAGUUGGUGGUCUUUCAGAUGGCGAGCUUCUGGAGUUUCUUCGGAGGCUAGUAAAGAAAAUGAAACACAGUUGGUUGAAGAGGAAAAAUUAACCAAAGAAGAAUGGCUGGCAAUCAAUGAAAUGUUGAGUUAUCAGCCUGAUGAAGAUUCCAAUGCCCAUUUAGGAAAGGACUUACAUAAUAUGAUGCAAUACCUCAUAGAAGUUUCUGUUGGGAAGGCAUCUACACGAAUUGUCAAUAUCUAUGAAACAGAAAUUAUUUGUAGCAGAUUUGAGCAACUUCAUGUUACCACCAUGUUGUAUCCUAAAAGCAUUCACUGUAAUGUGACUCUAAAGUCCUGCGGCUUAUCGUCUCCUGAAGGGUCACUUGCUGAGAGUGUUGUUAGUGAAUGGAAGGCUAAUGCUUUGGAUGCUAGUUUUAUACACGCACCUGUUGGUGAAGAUUUAGCUUGGCGGCUUACAGCAACUAUUGCUCCAUGUCAUGUAACGAUCUUGAUGGAGAGCUAUGAACAGCUUCUAGAUUUUGUUAAAAGGAGCAAUGCUGUUAGCCCAACUGUGGCAAUGGAAACUGCUACUGCUUUACAGAUGAAGCUAGAGCAGGUGACUCGAAGAGCCCAAGAACAAAUUCAAAUGGUGCUGGAAGAGAGAAACAGAUUUGCCCUUGAUAUUGAUAUUGAUGCUCCAAAAGUAAGAGUUCCUCUGAAGCCUAGUGAGUCUAUUGUGAAUGGUAGUAUAUUCCUGCUGGAUUUUGGACAUUUUACAUUGCAUACCAAGGAUGUUUUACAUGAUGAAAGACAGAGUCUAUACUCCCGCUUUUAUAUUUCAGGAAGAGAUAUGUCUGCCUCAUUUGUCGACAAAUUUUCUGGUGACAAUGAUGCUAAUAUUAUGAAUGAUUUAAGCAAAAUAAGGUUACCACCCACUUCAGAUUACACCGAUCAAUUCUAUUCUAUUCUCGAUCGUUGUGGCAUGUCAGUUGUGGUUGACCAGAUUAAAGUACCCCAUCCAAGGUAUCCGUCAACCAGAGUUUCUGUACAAGUGCCCAAUCUCCUUGUUCAUUUUUCUCCAGAAAGAUAUUUCAGGAUCAUGGAACUCUUGGGAAUUUUGCAUGGGUCAAGUAAAAUCAUAGAGCAAAACCUUGGUAGCCAUCUGCAAUCUGGUGAUAAACCUUGGCAUCCUGUUGAUCUUGCAACUAAUGCUAGAACUCUAGUUUGGCGGGGUCUUGGAAAUUCGUUGGCUGAGUGGCAUCCUUGUUAUCUUGUUUUAUCCGGUCUAUAUCUGUAUGUUUUGGAGGCUGAAGCUUCUGAGGACUAUCAAAGAUGCUUAGGCAUGGCUGGUCGACAAGUACUUGAAGUUCCACCAGCAAGUGUAGAUGGAUCAGCUAAUGCUAUUUCUAUUAACUACAGAGGAGUUGAUAUUCAGAAGGAUAACAAAGGUGUAGAAGACAUUGGUGAUGUAAUUAGAGAAGGUGGUGGAGCUCUUGCAAAAGGGCUUUUUAGAGGUGUGACAGGCAUACUAACAAAGCCCCUUGAAGGUGCAAAAAGUUCUGGUGUUGAAGGCUUUGUCCAGGGUGUAGGCAAAGGUUUAAUCGGUGCGGCUACACAACCUGUGAGUGGGGUGCUUGAUCUUUUGUCAAAAACUACCGAAGGUGCCAAUGCUGUAAGGAUGCGUAUUGCAUCAGCUAUCAUGUCAGAAGAGCAAUUGCUUCGUAAGCGACUUCCUCGAGCAAUUGGAGGAGAUAAUUUGCUCCGUCCUUAUGAUGAAUAUAAAGCACAAGGACAGGCUAUCUUGCAACUUGCUGAAUGUGGUACCUUCUUUGGCCAAGUUGAUCUCUUUAAAGUCCGAGGGAAAUUUGCAUUAUCUGAUGCUUAUGAAGAUCAUUUUUUGCUCCCAAAAGGAAAGAUACUUCUAGUCACUCACCGAAGAGUUCUAUUACUUCAGCAACCUACAAAUAUCAUGGCACAAAGAAAAUUCAGUCCAGCUAGAGAUCCUUGCUCAGUCUUGUGGGAUGUUCUUUUGGACGAUUUGGUGACAAUGGAGUUGACACAUGGCAAAAAAGAUCACCAGGGAUCAUUUCCUUCACAUCUCAUUCUAUACCUGCAAACAAGAUCUGUUGACUCAAAUGCUAUUCGUAUGAUUAAGUGCUACCGUGGGUCUGAACAAGCUACUGAUGUCUAUUCAUCCAUUCAAAAAUCACUAAAUGCAUACGGCCCUCAUGCAUCAAAGGAAGGACAGAGAAGGAAGGUACCACAACCAUAUAGCCCACAUAAAGCAUCUUUUACUUCUGGAGUGUUCUCUGAGGAAAAUUUUCAGAGCUUAGGAUUCCAUGACAAUCAAGUGUCUGUUCCAGUGCAAUCUGAUUGUGGUUCUUCAAUUAUGCAAGUGCAGUCUGAGCAAGAACAUCAGAAAUGAGACAAGCACAGUGUAUGAAUAAAGCAACCCCAUACCGAUUCAAGUGCACAGUGUAUAAGUGAAGCUGCUGUUGCUAUCCUCUUAUUCUGCAUCUAUUAUUAAAGGUGGCUUUCAUCUUAAUGUGUCAUCAGGCAAUGGUUCAGCCCCUGACACUGCGCUCCGCAUUGAUGCAUCAUGCUGGCUAAAUUUGUGUCAAGUGUACAUAGUAAAUGUUAUAGUUACUCUCGUUCUCCUUGUGUAUAUAAUUGUUAUACUUGCAGUUUCUGAUUGAUUGCUAAAGCGUACACAACAUAUUUCGACUUGCAGAAAGGUUGUAGUAUUUUUUUUUUAAUAAAUACUGUUAGAAAGUUUUGACAGGCGAUUAGAAAA